GAUGACGACAUGCCACAGCACCUCGAUGACGACGACGAUGCCUCCGAAGACUACAUCAAGCAGUGCUGUGCCGAUCUGCUGGAUAAGAUGCGAGGUGAGCUGGUCACCGACCUCUGCAGGCCCCUCACGGACACCAUCAAGCAGAACAUUGAAGACCAUAAUGAACCCACUCUCGAGCUGCUGGAUAAGCUCCGCGCACAGCUUGCACAGGCACCAGCUGACCUGGACCAGAAGAUUCUCUCGAUCGUGCGCCCUCAGCUCGACAACACCACCCGACGUCUGCAGUCGCAGCUGGAUGCCCAGCAGGUGCAGAUCUCUGAGACGGAUGGGCGCGUUGCGAAAGUGGAGGCUCAGUUGCUGGAGGUACAGACUCAGAUGGACGCGCUCAAGAGGGAGCUCCACUUGGCAGAGCAGCGCCCGCGUGCACCACUCACCCAGUCGCAGGGGUUUGACAGGGAGGUGGACUCCACGCUGGUUGUGGCGAUGGCCCAGCGGCCGACCACCACGGCCUGUGUCGAAGCCGAGUUCAAGCCGUGGAUCGCCUCCCUGGGCUUGGCCGACGACCUCUACGAGAUUGUUCCCGUCGGCGCGGUGCCGACGAAGAAGUUCCACAUCCGCUUCAAGGGCUUCGUGGCCGUCGCAUCCAGGAUGGCGGCGAAGGUCAUCGGCUCUCUGCGCUCCGAGGGCGUCUGGAAGGAGUUCACGGUUGAGGUGCACCUUGGUGACAAGCCCGCCGAGUUCUACUGGGACACGCAGCAGUUGGCGAAACGCGGGCUGGUCAAGGCCGAGCUCGUCUCCUUGCUG